GAUUGUGGGAGGGAGGGGAAGUUCCAGGAAAAGAAAAUACCCCGGAACGCCCUUUCCGGGCCCGGGUCUGCUCUCCUCCGGAGCCGGGGUCCUCUCCCCACAGCCGGGCGAGCUCCGCCCCCACGCCGCACCCGCUCUGAGGGAUCAGGUGACCACCGGCCCGCGCGGUCACGUGGCUGGGGCGCGCCUUCGCUUUGUGGCCAUGGCGGCCGCAGGCUCCAGUGUGGUGAGGCGAGUGGAGCAGCUCGGGGACCUAGCUCAGGCCCACAUACAGCAACUCAGCGAGGCCGCUGGCGAAGACGAUCACUUUUUAAUCCGGGCCUCUGCAGCUCUAGAAAAAUUGAAACUCUUGUGUGGAGAAGACAAAGACUGUUCAAAUCCAUCCAGUCUACUAGAACUUUACACACAGGCUAUUUUGGACAUGACAUACUUUGAGGAGAACAAGCUAGUAGAUGAAGAUUUCCCUGAAGACUCUUCACAGAAAGUAAAAGAACUGAUCACUUUUCUUUCAGAACCAGAAAUUUUAGUUAAAGAAAAUAAUGUGCAUCCAAAACACUGCGACUUGCUUGGGGACGAACUCCUGGAAUGUCUCUCUUGGCGACGAGGAGCCCUGCUUUAUAUGUAUUGUCAUUCUCUAACCAAAAGGAGAGAGUGGCUCAUGAGAAAAUCUAGUUUGCUUAAAGAGUACCUUGUUGAUGGAAUCAGUUACUUGCUACAGAUGCUAAAUUAUCGGUGUCCUACCCAAUUAAAUGAAGGAGUUUCUUUCCAAGACCUAGACACAGCUAAGUUACUGAGCGAAGGAAUAUUUAGUGACAUCCAUUUGCUGGCUAUGAUGUACAGUGGAGAAAUGUGUUACUGGGGGUUGAAGCAUUGUGCAGAUCCACAGCCAGAAAGCCAGGAAGUGAGUGCCGGUGGUUCUGGAGCCAGCUACGCUGCACGCAAAGAACCCUUGGAUUUCCGAGAAGUAGGAGAAAAAGUUUUGAAAAAGUAUGUAUCCGUUUGUGAAGGACCCCUGAAGGAACAAGAAUGGAAUACAACAAAUGCAAAACAAAUUUUAAACUUCUUUCAGCAUCGCUCUAACUAGUAAGUUUGUCUAGUCUUUUUCAAACAGAAAAACAAAAAGACCCAUGAAAUGGAAACGUUCCAGGAAAGAAGACACAUUGAUACUGAAUUUAAGAAUGUCACACUACUUACAGAUGUCCAGCGUGGUUACCCUUUUUAAAAUGCUACCACCAUAUUUCCUUAUAUAUUCUUAAAUCUAUGAAGGAACAGUUAUUUCAUUUCUAAAAUGGCAUGUAUGCUAUUCUAACUCAGCCUGAACUAUAGAUAUCCUAUAACUAACACUAAGGAGGAAUCCAAUUUAGCUUUACAAAGAUUUUUUUUUCUGUUGCUUCAGGAUUUGUUUUGUUUUGUUUUGUUUUUUAUUGUGGUAAAAUAUAACAAAAUUGACUAUAUUAAUUAUCUUUGAUUAUUUUUCUAUCUCUGCAUCAUGAAGCCUGCUAUGCUUCAAAGGUUAAAAUCAAGUAACCUCAUUGCUUUAGAUAUAAGCUACAAAUAAAAAUUGGCAGAAUUAUGACAAAUACUCAGAUUCCAUUGCCAGAAUAAGAUAAAUAGUGAAAGCCUUCAUAAGAGAAUUGUUUAAUUAUUUUACCAUGUAUUGCUAAUGGCAUUUAAAUUUUUUAUCCCUCCUAUUAGGUACUUUAUAAAAACUUAAAAUGAUUCUGCUGUUUAAAAAAAUAUGCGUGGUUUAUCAAAUAAGUAAUAAAAACCAAGUUUGGUCAGUUCACCAUUAGUCCACCACUAGCCCCUAUGUCUUUAAGGCACAUCUUUUCAUGUGUGUUGAAAUGUCUGUGUGUUUCUGUCUUUCCUGGUCGGGCGAGUGGUAAAGGCCAGGGAGCCCCGCUGCUGUCUGGCUUGCAGGCCUCCUGUCGCGCUCCACACCAGUGGCUCCCUCGCGUUCCCUGAGCACUUCCAUGGCCACGCCUUGAAUGUCACCAUCCUGAGUUUCUCUUUCUGAAACCUUAGAUUUCAGUAGCAUGAUCAUUCCCAUCUGCCUAGCGCCGUCACCUCUUCAUUUUCAUUCAUUAUUUUCUCCUUGACUCUUUCUCAGUUCUUCACAGCCUCCCCUCGUGACGGCCCCCUUUUCUCCUAAACCAUCAGCCUCUUUCGGAUGGUCUCCCUUGCCUUGUCCAGCCUCAGGCUGAGGGGAACUGAACGUUAAGUGCCCUCCGCAGGCUCCCGGACAAGGGCCUUCCCCUGGCCUUCAGCCCCGUUGCUCCGCAGGCCCUCAGCCCUCCGUCCUGUCAUUCGCCAUUUCUGGAUGCCCAAUGCCAUGCGAAGCGCUUGCAGCCCUUGGCAGCGGAGUCGCUCCAAGUGUCUCGCCUCCGGCCAUGGAGGGGCCUCAGUGUUGGCCUUUUCUUUUGACUGGUGUGGUCCCUCUCCUUUUCCGCUGGGGCUGAUCCAUACUACCAAGGUUCUAAAGAGGUCUGGUUCCAUUUGCUAGCUCUGCCCUCCUUACUCCCACCCUCCCCGCCUUUUUCAGGAGAGAAGAGCUAGCCUGCUUCCUCUUGGAGACCGCCCCUGCCCGCUGUCUCCUUCCUUUCCCCUGGGUCAUCUCUCUGCCCACCCUGAGAUACUGAUCUUCCCUAGAGUUUGUCCUUUUUCUCUUUUUCCCCCCACUUCUUUUCCUUCCUCCUUUUUACUUAUUCUAAAUACUUGUGCAGUGUCAUUCAUAGCCAUGGCUGCUUCUACACCUUUAAUGUUAGGCUCACUCCUGAACCUGUGCUUGAUUCCCAGCUUCCUUCCUGCUCUUUAAGCCUUAUUUCCAGCUGCCAAUUAAAUGUCUUCACUUAGAUGUCCCAUAGUGAUUUUAAGUUCAGUAUGUCCAAACCACUAAUCCUCUUUCAUCUAAAAUCUUCCUGUUCUUUUUUCCUCUUUUUUUGAUCUCCCGCAGAGCAGAGCGCUGCCGAACACCGUGACCCAGUUUCCGCCUCCCUUCCCCUCACCUCUGCAGCUCACCCUGUGCCAUCAUGUUCUAGUCCAGUGUUCCUCAUACAGCAAAACGCAGGCUCCUUCUGAGAAGCAUUAGCCUUCCCAGAAAACCUCUUGGGACGAGCAGAACCCCCUUGAUCUGCCCCCAUCUCUUUGCUUAUCCUUACACAGCUAAGAAGACUUACUUAUGUUAACAAGUGUCUACUAUGAAAAUGCCUUAUGCUUUCUAAAUGUGAAGAUUUAAAUGAUUUUAAAUAUGGUUUUUAGACCCACACACUGUCCCUCCCCUACUCUGUUUUCGGAGCAUCUCGAUCAAGCACAAUACUUCCGGUUCUUCCCCACGUGCUGCGUGUGUUCCUGAAUAUCCUUGCGGACCGGGAACGCUUCACCUUUCUGUGUGGCCCAGUGAUACCCACUUGUCCUUUAGGACUCCACUCGCUCCAGUGGUGCUGAAUCCAUAUGGCUUUUUUCAGCCCUUUCCAGGGAGACUUAGAUGCUCCUUUGCUUCUGUUCAUGUAAUCUUGCCCUCCCAUGUUAUCACAGGGGUUGCAUUGCUUUCUUGUUUCCGUUGUGACCCAGUGAGCUCUGUAUUUUUAAAAUCUUAUCUUUAUACACAAUGCUUAAUCAAUGGUAGGUCAUUAGUCAAGUUUUUUGAAUUAAUAAGAGACGUGAUUCUAAGUGCCGAGCUCUGCACAAAAGGAUGGCUCUGCUGCAUUCCACACUGCCAUGCCCUUGCACCAGAGGUCGACAAGGCAGACAAGGAGAGCGCUCCUCAGGAGUGAAGUAUCAUGAGAGUUAGAACCCAAGAAAACGAGAACUUUCUCUGUAAAAGCCUGGAACUUCCAUUUUUGCCUUCAUGAUCCCGUGAACCACUUGGGCCUCACUGCUUGGGACAGUUGUGAGGGCACUACUGGGUGCUUUUUGUACGACCUUCCACCCCCACACAAUUGGAGGAUAAUUUGUAGGCCAUAGCAGUGAUAAUGUAAUGCUUUUUACUCUAGCAUAUUACAAAACAGUGAACAUUUAACAUUUUGUAUGUUAAAGCCUGCUAAGUGAAUUCUGUUUCAUUUAGAAUGGAGUAACUUCCAGAUACCACCUAAGGGCAGGCCUAUACUCACUCAACAACUUUUAUGUGCCUACUACCUACCAGGUCUUGUCCUAGGCACUGAGGAUGUGCAGCUUUGUAAAACACCCUGUUUCAGAGUUUGCAUUCUUGUGGAGGAAGUGCAUACGUUUGAAGAAAUAAAUAUAUGGCCUGUUAAGUGAUCAGUGCUAUGAAGACUAAAGCAGGUUAAGGGACUAGUGUGCCUGGAGAGGAGUGGUAUUUCCAGGACCUGUCCGCUUUAGCAUUUGUAUCUGCAAAUGCCACCCCUUUGGUUAAAGGCCUUGGACAUUAAGUACAUUCAUAAAGUUUCUUUUUCUUAUGGAAGCUCUGAUACUGCAGUAAGAAGUGAGUCACUGCAUAAGACCUCAUCAUUUUUAUUACAUUUAAAGGGUUCUCCAGUGUGGGCUUUACUAACGGGUGAGUCUAAAGGCCUUGGUGCAUAUAUUAUACUUAGGGCUUCUCCUUUUGGGUUCUCUGUUACUAAAACUUAAACUCUGCUAACAGAUUUUUUCAUAAUCCUUAAAUGUGUACGGUUCUUUCCCUGUAUAAAUUUUCAUAGGUCAACUAGGCUUUGAGACUUAAAGGCCUUCCCACUUGGUGCAUUUAUAGGGUUUCUGGUUACUGUGAAUUGUUUCAUGCUGAGUGCCAGCCUGCGAACCGAAAGGUCACUGGUUCGAUUCCCAGCCAGGGCAUCUGCUCAGGUUGAGGGCCCGGUCCCUGGAUGGGGGUGUGGGAGAGGCAACUGAUCCAUGUUUCUCUUGCACAUAAUGAUGUUUCUCUCCCUUUCUCCCUUUCCCCCUCUCUAAAAAUAAAUAAAACUUUUAAAAUGAAAAGACAAAAGACUUUCCCUUACUCCUUUGCAUUCCUAGUCAUGGCUAAAAUCCCACAAUAAGAUGACAUUCCUACCUUUACAAUCCCACUGUGAAUUCUCUGGUGUUCAUUAACGUGGGAGGUGUGCCUGAAGCAUUCUCAGAUUCAUUUUAAUGGCAUUUCUGGUAACUCCCAGCUGGUUGACAUUAGUUUCAAAUUGCUUAUCUUUCUCCACCUUUCAGGGUUCCUUUCUGAGGCUCACAGAAGGACUCCCAUCUGUCAUAGAAUCCAGGAUUCUGUAGUUCCCUACUAUUACUCUCUUGUAUUAUUAUUGUUUUGAAGAUGUAAUUGGCUUUAUUAAUGGAUUCAUGAAUGAGGAGCAUUCCAUCUAGCAACUAGAAGGGUGCUCCUUGUAUUUUUUAACACUACAAGAUCAUAUUAUGGAAGUAUUACAUUAGAAAACAUUUAAUGUAUCUACAGUUAAAGUAUGUGUUAUGUACUCAUGCUGGUGUUCUUUGCUGUUUUUUGUUUCCCUACUAGUGAAAAUUUCCAAAUAAAAUGUUUUGGAGCAUAUAAUUUUUUUUUUAAAUAAAACUAUGU